AUGCUAUCUCCAAAUGAUAAAAAGUUAGAGAAGCUGGAUCCGUUUUAUCGACCUUCAGUGGCCAAGCAGAAGACCAGUGCAGAAAUCAUAAGUGAAGCACGAAAUGCAUUAAGAACAGUUGGGACCCAAAGACCAUUCACACCUCAGGAAAACCAAAGAAAGCUAUUUGGACUUGCAUCUUCAAGGACACCAGAAAAUAGACCCCCUUCCUCCUUCAGCCUCCAUGCAUCCAAUUUUGAGUCUUCUGAUUCCAGGCCCAUUUCUGGUGCACGUCUCAGCCCACUAGAGCUUAAACCGAAGGCUCCGGCAUCUCCCACCACAGAGGAAGGUCCCUGCCUUGCCUUUCCUAAGCCCCCCGCGGACCCCGCAAAGAUCAGAAGAAGAAGCAGUGCCCGGGCUCGCUUGUUCAGGGCGGCCUCCCAGGGCACCCUCCUGCCUGACAGGACCCUUCCUCCCGCUGAGCGAAAGAAAACAGUGGAAUCCAAAGACACAGUUAGGAUGGGGGACUCCAUGGUGAAAGCCAAUGGGAUUUAUUUAACAGAAUCGAAGGCCGUUGGCCACUUAAAGAGUCAUCCACUUCAGCUGACUUACGAUGGAGGCUUCAGUGGAAUCAAGGAGCAAGAACUGUUCAAAGGGGCAACAUCCUUGCCAUCCCAUCUCAGGAGUGGAGGGGACCAGGGGAAGAGGCGCUCGCGGGCCUUGUCGUGCCCCAACAGCUCGGACCCGAGCAGGCUGGAAACUAGAGCAGUUUCAAGAGCUGACUUGCAAGAAAAAGAUACAGAAAUGGAAGUAGACGAUAUCUUUUGGAAUACAAGGAUAGUACCAAUUUUGCAUAAAUUAGAAAAAGAAGAAAACGCUGAAAUGCUUUGUGCUGCUUGCACGCAGCUUCAUCACGCUUUGGAGGAAGACCACAUGCUUGGGAAGAACUUUAAGAGAAGAAGCCUUCUCCUGAAGACCCUCUAUAAGCUCGUUGAUGUUGGCUCGGACCCGCUCAGCCUUAAGCUGGCAAAACUUAUUCUAGCACUUAAAGUGAGUAGGAAGAACCUUCUUAACGUCUGCAAACUUAUAUUUAAAAUUAGCAGGAGUGAGAAGAAUGAUUCUCUGAUUCAAAGUGACAGCAUUCUGGAAUUGUUAUUGGAGGUCCUGAGAAGUGAAGUGCUGCAGACUAACACUGAAGCUUUCUUAUACUGUAUGGGGACUAUCAAAUUCAUUUCUGGAAAUCCAGGAUUUCUUAAUGAAAUGAUCAGCAAAGGUGCUGUGGAAAUACUGAUGAAUUUGAUAACGCAAAUAAAUGAGAACACCAAGGAAUGUGGUACAUGUUUGCCUAAUUCAGGCCAUUUGUUAGUCCAAAUGACUGCUACAUUGAGAAACUUGGUUGAUUCACCCCUAGCAAGAUGCAAGUUGCUGAGCAUGGGCGCCCUUCCCCAGCUCUGCAUGGUGAUGGGACAGUACAUGAGUGACAAGGAUCUCUGCACCAAUAUCGCCAGGAUAUUCAGCAAACUUACCUCUUACCGCGACUGCUGUGUUGCCCUGGCCAACUACUCCAGUUGUUACGCCUUGUUUUUGAAUCUGAUAAACAAGUACCAGAGGAAGCAGGACUUAGUCGUUCGUAUUGUUUUCAUUCUUGGCAACCUGACAGCGAAAAACAACCAGGCUCGUGAACAGUUUUUCAGAGAGAAAGGCAGCAUCCCAACCCUGCUGUCACUAUUCCAUACGUUCUCCGAGCUGGAUCUGCGUCCCCAGAGGCCAGCAGGUGACGGAGAGGAGCAGCCCCGGCCACAGAAGCCACAGGCCCCGGCGGAGGACAUGCUCGUCAAGCUGACCCGCGUGCUCGCCAACCUGGCCAUCCACCCGGGCGCCGGGGCCGCCUUGGCCGCCAGCCCGAGUGUGGUGGGCCUGCUCCUGGCCACGCUGGAAUACAAGUCAAUCGAUGAUUGUGAGGAGCUGGUCAUCAAUACUACAGCAACAAUCAACAACUUAUCUUACUACCAAGUGAAGAAUUCUGUCAUUCAAGACCAAAAGCUACAUGUUGCUGAAUUGCUUUUAAAGCUGCUCGUGAGUAACAACAUGGACGGAGUCCUGGAGGCUGUGCGUGUCUUUGGAAAUCUCUCCCAGGACCGUGACAUCUGCGAUUUCAUUGUACGGAAGAAUGUGCACAAGUUCAUGAUCGCACUGCUGGACGCCAACCAUCAGGAUAUGUGCUUUUCUGCAUGUGGUGUUCUCCUAAACCUCGCUGUGGAUAAAGACAAGCGUGUCAUCCUAAAGGAAGGGGGUGGCAUUAAAAAGUUAGUGGACUGUUUAAGGGAUUUUGGCCCUACUGACUGGCAGCUGGCCUGCUUGGUUUGCAAAACAUUAUGGAACUUCAGUGAAAAUAUCACUAAUGCCUCCUCAUGUUUUGGAGACGAAGACACCAACACACUCUCGGUCCUGCUGUCAUCACUUUUAGAUGAAGAACUAGCACUGGAUGACAGUUUUGACCAAGACCUAAAAAACUAUCACAGACUCCACUGGGAAACAGAGUUCAAACCUGUGGCACAGCAGCUUCUAAACCGAAUUCAGACCCGUCGUACCUUCCUGGAGCCCCUGCCUGUUCCUUCUUUCGAACAUGAUGCAAGUUAACACCAGAAAUGGGAAGUCAGGUCACCUUCAUUCUUAAGGAGUGGGAACAAACAUGAACUUGUUUUUCUUUUCAGUAUAAACAAAUAUUGAAAGUUUUCCAGGUACUGAUGUUAGUGAGUAGUCUAAGUAUUUUUUUUUUUUAAUAAGCAUUUCUUCUUGUUAGGUAUUAUGGGAAAAUGAAUAUGCAUGUACUUUCUGCUGUGAGAAAUGUAAGAUAAAAAAAUAUAUGUGUGGUUUUUAAUAAGUAAAUGACUUUUUCUUCUAUUCUCUAGCCAAUAACUUAGUUCUAGUCUGAAAGUCCUGAUCUAACAAUCCUGGAAUUUAAGUGCUUGUCAACCCAGUAGUUAACCUUGCAAUGAAGGCUCUCUGAUUUUGUAUAUAGAAAGAAUGGUGGUCAAUACUAUUAGGAAUACGUUGCUGCAUAAGCAUCUAUACUGAUUCUUAUGUCAGCUAAUAAUAACUUUCUGGUUGGGCACCAUUAUUUUUGUGGUUCUCAUAUUAAGAGAAGCAGGAAAAGUUAGGCAAGACCACUUUGGGCCACCUAUUCUUUAUUAAAUAAGUAAAAUAUAUGAAAAAGGGAGUAUUUUUACCUCUUUUCAUUUGAAAUAAAAUUCACUAGACCAGACAAUCCUUCCAAUUGUAAUUCUCUGUGACUAGGGAGGUGUUAUAAUGUACUAGAAAGUGUGUAGGCUUAGGUGUACGGUAGAUCUCAUUUGAAUUCUAGCUCUCCCCUACUUGGAUCUUGGACAAGUAACUUAAUUUCUUGAGUUUCAACUAUAAAAUGGGAAUAACACCUAUUUUAUUAUAGGGGGUUUUGGGGAAAAAAUUAAAUGGGAAAACUGCCGAGAACAGUCUGGUGUGUAGUAGGUUCUCAAUAAAUUAUAACAUGAUGGUAGUUUAUUAGUUCGCCAUUCUUUGUGGGGUAAGCUUGGCCUUUG